AUGACAAAGUCGGCGUCGGCUCCAAGCCCCAAGCUCACCGUAUCUGCCCGGCACUUGUCGAACCACCGUCUGCAUGCCGACUUUGCUCGUCAAUAUGUACUGGGUGACGAGCUAGGUAGUGGUGGGUUCGGCUUCGUCGUCCGCGCCACCCGUGUUUGCGAUGGGUUUCCUGUCGCCGUCAAGUUCAUCUUCAAGGACAAGGUGCCCAACCACGGUUGGGUGCGCGACCCCAGUCUUGGCGUGAUUCCCAUGGAAGCGUUUGUUUUGAAGGUCGUCAAACACCCUGGCGUUGUCAGAUUUGUCGACCUCUUCGACGAUGAUGCCUACUUUUAUCUGAUCAUGGAGCACCACGGAACACCCUGGCAAGCACCGGAACCGACAUCCGCCAAGACACCCAAGAACGCCAACGAAACCACUGCUCAAGAGAAGACUCCUAAAGGAAUGCCUACUUCCUCGCCCAUGGCGACGUCCAAGUCUCAACCGUCAGCGGUAAAGGGGGCCGAGAGUUUACGCCCUGCGCCCAUGGAACGCCGCUCAUCCUGCGAUCUCUUCGAGUGCAUCGAGCAACACUCGCGUUUGUCCGAGAACAAAGCUCGAUGGGUCUUUGCCCAGAUCGUCGAGGCUGUCUACCACCUUGACACCAUGGGCAUCACUCACCGAGACAUCAAGGACGAGAAUUGCGUCAUCGAUGCUGACUUCAAUGUCAAGCUCAUCGACUUUGGCUCCGCCGUCAUUGCCGAUCCGCGCAAACCACCUCCAUACUUCAAUCGCUUCUUCGGAACGAUGACCUUUGCGAGCAGCGAGAUUCUGCAAGGACAGUCGUAUCGUGCUCCUCAGGCCGAAGUUUGGAGUCUUGGCGUCCUGCUCAGCAUUCUCCUGAGUGGAGAGGGUCCGUUCGCAGAUCAAGAUGCCGCUAUGCGCGGUAAAAUCACUCGUCCUAAAGGUGCAUGGAGCCACGACGCUCUGAACCUCCUUCUAGGCUGCCUGGAAGUCAACCCUGAUCGUCGCGCCACGAUUGCGCAGGUGCGCGACCACCCGUGGGUCCGCUCCGCCUGGUCGCUUCGGGGACUUCGUCGCCCUUCAUCGUAG